AUGUACGGCGGAGAUGAAGUGUCAGCUAUUGUAGUUGACUUGGGUUCACACACUUGCAAAGCUGGUUACGCUGGAGAAGAUGCCCCCAAAGCUGUUUUCCCCUCCGUUGUUGGAGCAAUAGAUGGAACUGGAAUGGAUAUUGAUGAUGUUGCUGCUAAUACGGAGGAUGCAAAAACCAAUGUCGUGGAGUCUGAUUAAGAAAACGACAAACGGAAGCUUUACUUUGGGUCUCAAGCUUUGAAUUUUCGCCGUGAUCAAAUGGAGGUCAGGAUUUUUGUCAUGAACUAAUAUAGUGUCAUAAAGGAUGGCAUUGUAACUGAUUGGGAUAUGGUGGACAAUUUAUGGGACCAUGCUUUUAGAGCCCCCUUUGAACACACAACAGCAAAGAGAAAAGUCUGGUUUCUCUAUCUUAUAUCAAUGCUGUUUUCAUCUUUGGAAUCUGGAACUUAUUCUCUCUUAUGUAUCUGA